AACAUUGUUUCAGUGGCUCUGGUGUUGCCAUUGCUUUCACGUUGUGCCACAUGAUAUCCCCCCGCAUGUGACAAUAAGGUUCCUCAUUUUAGUCAUAGACGCACAACUUUCACUCCCACCUUCUGCGUGCGCAUAUCCCAUUUACUCCUAGAGCACUGCUUGUCAAGUGAGUCUAUCCGCUCGUCUGCCUUCGCCCGAGCCUAGUUCACAGGUUACUGUUUCAACUACUUUGUAUUGGAGUAACACUUGUGAGAAAGUUACUAUUUCAUCAUGUCUCCAAAGGCACUAGACUACGAGUCACUGAAUGAAAACGUGAAGAAGGUCCAAUAUGCUGUUAGAGGUGAACUGUAUCUUCGAGCUUCUGAGCUUCAGAAAGAAGGGAAGAAGAUUAUUUUCACAAAUGUUGGUAAUCCUCAUGCGCUAGGACAGAAGCCACUGACCUUUCCUCGCCAGGUGGUAGCUCUGUGCCAAGCUCCAUUUCUGCUAGAUGAUCCAAAUGUUGGACUGUUUUUUCCUGCUGAUGCAAUUGCGAAAGCAAAACAUUAUCUCUCAUUGACUUCGGGUGGUCUUGGUGCUUACAGUGACUCCCGAGGUCUUCCAGGAGUAAGGAAGGAAGUGGCAGAGUUCAUUGAAAGGCGUGACGGUUAUCCAAGUGACCCAGAACUCAUAUUUCUCACUGACGGUGCCAGCAAAGGUGUAAUGCAGAUCUUGAAUACUAUCAUCCGCGGCGCAGGGGAUGGGGUUUUGGUCCCAGUACCCCAAUACCCACUUUACUCAGCUGCAAUUUCUCUAUUUGGUGGUUCUCUUGUUCCAUAUUACCUAGAGGAGACAGCAAACUGGGGCCUCGACAUUAAUGACCUUCGCCAGUCAGUUGCUGAGGCUCGCUCUAAAGGAAUAACUGUAAGAGCAAUGGUGAUUAUAAACCCUGGAAACCCCACAGGUCAGUGCCUUAGUGAAUCUAAUUUGAGAGAGAUACUGAGGUACUGUUACCAAGAAAACUUAGCCUUGCUUGGAGAUGAGGUUUAUCAGCAGAACAUAUACCAGGAUGAGCGUCCCUUUGUCAGUGCUAGGAAGGUUCUGAUGGGUAUGGGGCCACCCAUAAGCAAGGAAGUACAGCUUGUCUCUUUCCACACUGUGUCCAAAGGAUAUUGGGGUGAAUGUGGACAGCGAGGUGGAUACUUUGAGAUGACCAACAUUCCUCCAAAGACAGUUGAUGAGAUCUAUAAAGUUGCAUCAGUGUCACUCAGCCCAAAUGUCCCUGCACAGAUAUUUAUGGGGCUGAUGGUGAACCCACCCAAACCUGGAGAUAUUUCAUAUGAGCAGUUUGUUCGGGAAAGCAAAGGAAUUAUCGAAUCACUAAGGAGAAGAGCAAGGAUGAUGACGGAUGGAUUCAAUAGCUGCACAAAUGUUGUUUGUAAUUUCACAGAAGGUGCCAUGUAUUCAUUCCCUCAAAUACGCUUACCACCUAAAGCAAUAGAAGCUGCCAAAAGGGCUGGAAAGGUUCCUGAUGUUUUCUACUGUCUCAAACUUUUGGAAGCCACUGGCAUCUCAACGGUCCCUGGCUCAGGAUUUGGACAGAAAGAAGGGGUCUUCCACUUGAGAACAACAAUCUUACCGGCCGAGGAGGACAUGCCCGAAAUCAUGACCAGUUUCAAGAAAUUCAAUGACGAGUUUAUGGAGCAAUAUGAAGACCACAGAGGUUAUUCGAGGAUGUAAAAGAAUGCUUCAAAUCUCUAAGUUGUAUCAUAUCCCUUUUUUUCGGCUGUCACAAGCCAUUUCAUGUAUACUUCUAAACUUUUAUCAUUUUCCUCUCUCCCUGGAAUAUAAACUUCGCUCUGUUGAAGAUCA